AUGGCCCAAUCAACCCUUCCUUCAAACUGCGCUCUCGUCAACAUCGGCACUCAUUCUCUAGCCAUCUACGUUCACGGCCCAGAACCCAGCAGCUCCAAAGAUCCCGUUGUGCUUUUUGUCUCCGGUGUAGCAAGCGAUGCUCUCAAUUGGCAGGCCGCGGUACGAUUGCUUCCUCACUCGCUGCGAAGCUACACGUACGACCGUUCCGGCUAUCGCAACUCAGAGUCCUCGCCACUCGUCCCCUCAGCCGAGAAUGUUGCUCUAGAGCUCUCUCUUCUGAUUGAAAAGGCUCCCAUUCCAAAUCCUCUGAUCAUCGUGGGGCACUCCUGGGCCGGUGUGAUCAUACACGAGUUCAUCGCACUGGAGGGAACUAGUCAGAUCGCGGGUCUAGUGCUUGUUGACGCCAACCAUGAAACAGCGCCACUGGUUAUGGAUGUAGAUGACCCAAUUCUCUGGAAUGCUAUAGCAGCGGGCGUUGAACCAUACGCUGCUUGGGGCGUUGAGGCAGAGCACAAGUUGACGCAGGAGGAAUGGGAUGUAUUCAAAGCUGCAGAAUCGACUGACAAAUACAAGCUAAUUGCGCAUAAAGAGGAUGUAGAGCAUUACUUGCCAAGUUUUGAGACUCUGCGCAAGAAGAAGCUCAGUGAAAAACAGCCAUUGGUUGCGGAUAAACCGGUUUAUAUAAUUGGGGGCACACGAAGCAGAGACUGGAAUGGAUUAUACAAGGCGGGAAUCGCGAAAGGAAACGGAACUGAGGAGCAGAGGAACUACAUUAAAGAGUUGAUCAGGACGGUCGAUGAGAAAAAUGAGAGUCUCAUGAAGAAAUUUCUGAAACUCUCUACUAAGACCGAGCUCGUCUUUGCCACUGAGAGUGGACACUUUGUUCAGAUGACCCAGCCGGACAUUGUCGUUGAUGGAGUGAAAUGGGUCAUCUAUAACAUCUCAGCAUCUUCUUAG